AUGGAAUCGGUGGCAGUUAAAGAAGCACCAUCUCUCUUUACUCCGGUGACGGUUUAUUCUCUGCUGGCCUGCGCCGCUCAAUUCGCCGUGGGCUAUAUCCUCGCGCAGAUAUGGGGAAGAAAAUGCUCUGGAACUGAUAGAUGGGUGCUCGUGUGGCUUUUCUACGAUGCGAUUGUUCACAUUACCUUGGUGAGUGUGUUAUGUGAGGUGAAUGAGAAGGCGUUGUCAAUAUAGGGAGAGUUCAUUGGCAGCUCUAUUGUUAUUUGACUCUUUCCACUGUUUGAUCUUACAGGAAGGACCCUUUGUUUACAUGUCACUUGUUGGAACCGUGGCAACUUCAGACAAUAUUUUUGCUGAACUUUGUAAGUAGGCUUCAUUGACUGUGCAAUGUAAAAAAAAUAAAUAAUGUAUGAAACAAAAACAUUUAUAGUACUGUGUAUUUUUAUCUUUUAUGCAUUUUAGUUUUCUCAUACAAAAUAUAAAUUAAAGAAACAACGGUGCGUGUGUUUGAGAUUUGCUUUGGAGCCUGGUUGCGGGGAGACAUCUAGUGGACAUAGUAUUGAAAUGCUCAUGUUAAACUGAAUAGAAUACAGUAAUGUAAAAUCAAUCACUGUGUUAGUGCUGGAGUAGAACAAACAUGUGCACCCACUGGCCCUGGGGUCCCCCAGGAAUCUAUUAAGACACUGCUCUAACAGAUAACCUGUUCCUGUGUGUCUAGGGAAGGAGUAUGGAAAGGCAGAUGAGCGCUGGCUCCACUCUGACCCCACCAUAGUCUCCCUGGAGCUGCUGACGGUGGUCCUGGACGGCAUCCUGGCGCUGGUGCUCGUCUACGCCAUCGUCAAGGACAAACACUACAGGUAGGAACACUGGUACUAAAUAUGCUUUAUUGUCAGGCUUUUCUUAUGCUUUAUGCCAUUCAUCUCCAUAUUGGUACCAGAGAGCAUUCUAUAACUAUUGGUACCAUUUAACAAUAUCUUUCUUAUAGAGAGCACUAAUUAUCUAAUACAGAAUUUACUCAUUACACAAACAAGUGUUUACAUACCAUUAGCAAGUCACAAUUUACAUUUAUAGCAUCUGUCUUCAGAAUGUGAUGUGUUGAAUGACCUAUUACCAUGUACAUGGAAAAUAUAGCCUGGGUGCAAGUUGGUGUUCAGCCUAAGUAAACUUGUCAUUGUUUGUUUGAAUCUCAACGGUCAACAAGUGUUUUUAGCUUGUCUUGUUGACAGUUGUUGCACAGUCUGGCCCCCCGGGUGAAUAGUUCUCCGUGUCUGUUUGUUUUCAGGCACUUUGUCCAGAUCACGUUGUGUGUGUGUGAGUUGUACGGAGGCUGGAUGACAUUCUGUCCAGACUGGCUGGUAGGCAGCCCCAACCUCAACACAGACAACUGGCUCUACUUAUGGAUCUACCUGGUCUUCUUCAAUGGGGUGUGGGUGGUGGUGCCUGGACUGCUGCUGUGGCAAUCAUGGCUGUCACUCAAACGACUUCACCCCUCCUACCAAGCCCCAAAGAAGCUGGACUAG